AUGUUACACACUCAACAGAGACCACGUUGUUUAAUGUCUGUUUUUCUCUUAUUCACUUCAAUAAACUUUUGUUAUACUCAAAUAUCAACAGCGAAAUUUCAUCCAUGGAAUAUUGAAAUAAUUGUUAUAAAUUCAACAAGUACCAUCAAUUUUACAUGUAUAAAACAUGAAUCAAAUGAUAAACCACUGGAAGUAAAUUUAUCAAAAAUAAUUCCAUCUACGGAAAUUAAAAUAACUACUAAUAUAUUAAAUAAAACUGCAAUUAAUAUUCAGCUCGAAGCAAAAAAUUAUGUCGGAAUUUUCCAUUUAUUAUGUUAUAUUAAUGGCGAAAAAUCGAAAGGCACUCGUAGUGAUGUUAUUGUCAGAGCUGCGCCAGGUGUACUUCAACUUAUCGAGCGAUGCCGAGUCUAUGAUAAACAAUAUAUUAAAUGCCGAAUUCGAGCACCAAUUAUAGCACGUGCUAUUCAAAAUGACUAUCCAGCUCAGUUUGAAUUUAAUGAAAUUAAUCAUUCUUCUGAUAAUUUAGCUUAUAUAUCACGUGUUGAGUUUUUAAAAAAUGAAAGUACAAAUGAAUAUUUAACAUUUAAAUGGAGACCAACUGCAGAUGGAGUAUUUCCAAAUAGAGUUCGAAUGCAUAUAAAAGCAAUCUUACCUCAUUUUGAUGUAUCAUCUUAUUAUUUCGAUAUGACACCGGUGUUUCAAAUAACACCUAAAUUUACUCUAAAAGCAAUAUCAUCAAGUGAAAUUGAAAUUAAACUUGCAUCUAUUUUUCCAUCAGCAUUUUGUGAAAAAAGUAUUAUACCAAAAUUAAAUUCAACUAUCAAUCAAACAUGGACAGUUGUCGAAGCAAAUCAAAAUACUAUUUCAAUUGAGAAUCGUUUAUCUAAUUCUGUCUAUCGUGUAUGUAUGAAAUGUCGACAAAUCUAUACUGAUCCAGAUGGCAUGGAAGAAUGUCAAGAAAUUCAAACAUUGAGUAAAUUCAAUUUUUCUAAUCAAAAUUAUUUUAUCUUCAUUAUAACUAUUGUAAUCUUAAUUAUAUGCAUUAUUAUUGGUCUUGUCUAUUGUUUUUGGAAAAAUCAACGAAAACUUCAAUAUAAACCAGUUAGUAGUGAAAAUGGAGCAACACAAGGUAGAGCAAGUCCAAAUGGAUACGAAGAUUCUGUUCGACAUAAUACAUCAUCAAGUGUUUCAAUACCCACUAGUAAUCUAUAUUCAGCACAAACAUCUACUCCAGAUGACGUUGAUGAGGAUAUCAUAACCGAGACGAAUAAUUAUGAAUAUCUACCUAUUGCAGCAAUAACAGAUGUUAUAGAAUUGUGUUCUCCACCAAAAAUAUUACCACCAUGCGAAAAUUAA